AUGAUUCCGUCAUCGCUGUUCGUUGUUUUUAUUGUAGCCGCUUCGAGUCAUGCGGUAUUUAUUUGUCCGAGACCAAAUGGUCUGUUUAGUGAUACAUCUUCAUCAAAGAUGUUUUAUCAUUGUUUAAAUUAUAUUCCGUAUCAUAAACCGUGUCCUUCUGGAACGCUUUGGUCACAGACUCGACAACGCUGCCUUUCUAUCUCUUCUCUAAUGGAGCCAAUUACGUCAACUGUACCAGUAGUUACAACGACUGUACCAGUAGCUACGACGACUACAACAGUAGCUACGACGACUACAACAGUAGCUACGACGACUACAACAGUGGCUACGACAACUACAACAGUAGCUACGACGACUACAACAGUCGAAGAACUAGUCAAUGGUUGUUCUAAAGGAAAUCCAUGUCAAAACGGUGGUUCAUGUGAACCAUCGGGUAAAGAUGAUUUGUUUUGUUUAUGUCAAGCAAACUAUUAUGGUUCUCGUUGUGAACAUACGGGUGAAGGAACUGAUUUAAGUGUACUAGAAAGUAUUAUCGAUGGAAAUAAUAAUAAUUAUGAACAUGUAGUUGAAAAUGUUCUCAGUAGAAAUAAUUGGACUGAUAUUUUAGCCGUUGUUGAUGUUACUGGCUCAAUGCAAUCAUGUGCAGCUGCUGUUUAUAAAUGGAUGAAAUUGUCUCAAGAUAAAACAAAGAACAUUAGAUAUUACGUAUUCUUUAAUGAUGGUGAUGAUAAAUUAAAUUCUGGUAAAGUUAUAGGUUCAACUGGCGGUAUUUAUAGUAUGGCUGCUAAUAAUCUUAAUAAAGUCUUAUCAACAAUGGAAUCGGCAAUGAAAAAUGGUAAUGGUGGUGAUAUUCCUGAAAACGAUAUUGAAGCAAUUUUGCAUGGUAUUGACAUGUGUCCUACAUGUAAGGAUAUCAUUCACAUUGCUGACAAUAAAGCAACACCGCGCGAUUUACAAUUACUCAAUCGUGUAACAAAACCUGUCAAAGUUUUGACUUGUCAAGUUGAUGUCGCUGGUGUCAAUCCGAAAUUGUUGACUAUAGCUGAUAAAACGAAUGGUUCAUUACAUACACUUGAUCAGGAUAUUGUUAAUUUAUCGAAGAUUAAAUUAGAUGAAAAAAUAACGAUUGGACGACGUGAAUAUCGACGUACAUCGUCUGGCUUUGUUUUGGUUUAG